UUUUCUCUCUGUAGAUUCCGUGCUCCAACACAUUUAUGUAGAGGGAGCUCGCGUGGGUAUCCAAGCAACAGGCAACUCUGUCACUUUGGAUCGCGUGACCAUCACAAAAUGCUCAGCUGGGAUCAAGUAUACCGAUGGAGGAUCAUUCGCCAACUCUACAAUGAUAUCUGAUUCCUACAUAGGAAAUAAUGGCGGACAUGGCAUUGAAUUCAAGGGUAGCGUCACUAAUCCGUUCCUGUCAAUAAAACGGACAGUUAUUACGGGCAGCCAAAGCUCUGGUAUAUAUUGCAGAGACACACACGCAAAUAUCUCAAUUGUAGACUCGGAGUUGUCACAUAAUGCUCAAAGGGGUCUAGAAAUGUAUCAAACAGUAGGGAGUAUCAAAAUAAAUGGGUCAGACAUCCUGGGAAAUAGAAACUACGGGCUCUAUAUUUACAGAAUUAGUGGGAAUACCACAAUCGAUUCCACAAAAAUGAAAUAUAACUACUAUUACACCAUAUAUUAUAACUUAGAUAACAAUUAUAGAGGAGGACGUUUUCUACUGAUUAACAAUUCGUUUGUGGGAGAAAGCAACAGUCGCGCUCUACAUUUGCACCCCAACACCUUUGAUGGAGACGAAAUACGUAUUGACAGAAACGUGUUCAAGGACAUUGCAACCUCAUACCCUUCGUUGCAAAUAGAGAAUAACUAUAAACAGUCUGAGUUGAAUAUUACAAUAACAAAUAAUGUCUUCACCAACUGCUUCAAAUCUAUGUUGGUUAGGGCCUACCAUAAUACAAACGUAUUUUUAGAAGACAAUACAAUGAAAAACAACAGAGCUGAUAGUCGGUACAUUGAUGUUCAAUUGACCAGUUCGAAUACUAAUGGAAAAUUCCAUAUUUUCAGAAACAAAUUUACAAACAUUGCUGCAUCCCCUUGGUUAUGGAUAGACACGGGCAAUUUCAUAAUGGCAAACAAUUCUUUUGAACAAUUCAAAAGCGUUGAUCAGUGUGCAUUAUAUGUUUCUGUAUCUAAAACAGCUUUAAUCGUUAAUGUCCCAUAUUCCUAUUGGGGCUCGUCUGAUCCAGGUGAUGUGAAACAUAGAGUAUGUGGGAACAACAGGGAUAUGAAUCUUGCACAUGUCACUGUCUCGCCUUUUUACACUGACCGCAAUUUGACUGAACUGAAUGAAGAUAAAGGAGUAGAUUUCUACUUUUCUGAUGCAACAGGUGCUAUUGGUGGCAUGCUACUGAACAAUGAAACUAUUCGAUAUGUCUUUAAUCAUACCUAUCACGUUCGACGCAACAUAUUUAUACUUUCAAAUGCUACUCUCACUGUGGAAUCUGGAGUUAAACUGUCUUUUGGCCAAGGAAUCGGAAUUUAUAUAAUUGGUAAGUU